CCAGAGCAGCAGGAUGGAGGAGGUGCCUCACGACUGUCCAGGGGCCGACAGUGCCCAGGCAGGUCGAGGAGCCUCAUGUCAGGGGUGCCCCAAUCAGCGGCUCUGCGCUUCUGGAGCUGGUGCUGCCGCGGACCCGGAGGAAAUCAAAGAGAAAAUGAAGACCGUGAAACACAAGAUCUUGGUGUUGUCUGGGAAAGGCGGCGUUGGGAAAAGCACGUUUAGCGCCCACCUGGCCCAUGGCCUAGCGGAGGAUGAAAACAUGCAGGUUGCUCUUCUAGACAUCGAUAUAUGCGGGCCGUCAAUUCCCAAGAUCAUGGGAUUGGAAGGAGAACAGGUUCACCAGAGCGGCUCGGGCUGGUCUCCAGUGUUCCUGGAAGACAACUUGGGGGUGAUGUCGGUGGGUUUCUUGCUCAGCAGCCCUGACGAUGCCGUCAUCUGGAGGGGACCCAAGAAAAACGGCAUGAUCAAGCAGUUCCUCCGCGACGUGGACUGGGGCGAGGUGGACUACCUCAUCGUGGACACCCCGCCUGGGACGUCGGACGAGCACCUCUCGGUGGUGCAGUACCUGGCUGUGGCGCACAUCGACGGGGUGGUGAUCAUCACCACGCCACAGGAAGUGUCGCUCCAGGAUGUCCGGAGAGAGAUCAGCUUCUGCCACAAGGUGAAGCUGCCCAUCAUCGGGGUGGUGGAGAACAUGAGCGGCUUCAUCUGCCCCAAAUGCCAGAAAGAGUCUCAGAUAUUCCCACCAACAACAGGGGGUGCAGAGGCCAUGUGCCAGGACCUGAAGAUCCCGCUGCUUGGCAAAGUGCCUCUGGAUCCACGCAUAGGUAAGAGCUGCGACAAAGGACAGUCUUUUUUGGUGGAAGCGCCAGAUUCACCAGCCACUGUCACCUACAGAAGUAUAAUUCAGAGAAUCCAGGAGUUCUGUAGUCAGCAUCUGCCAGAAGGAGAGAACCUCGUCGGCUCCUGAGACAGGAGGCCAUGAAGGGCAGCAGCACGACCCGUCCGUCACGCCUGGCCAGCGUGGGGACAGCGCGUGGGUCACAGGCAGAAAGGGACCAGCCCCAGGCGUGGCGUGACGUCACUUUUUCAGAGACACUUUAAUCAUCUAGCAUUUGUACACCUUCCUUUAGAACGUAUGUAACGGACGUUCUUUACAGAUGAGCCAUUCGAAAAAUAAAAACAGCUCCUCCAACCUCUGCCCCGAGGCCUGCUUCUCAUGAAAACCCAGCAGCUUGGGGGCCAUGGACUUCUCUGUCAGAAGCGGUCCUGUUACAGAACAUCUC